AUGCGAUCAUGGAUGAGGAGGUUCAGGAAAAGCAGCUUUUGGCCGAGGAAGAAGAUGGAAUGGAGCAGCUUGAAGCCGAGGAGGGACUUGAAGCCGCGCAACUUGAACCUGAUGGAGCUAAACAUAUGGAGCUGGAACCUGACGGAAUUAAAGAGCUUGCAGCUGAGAAGAGCUUGUUUCCAAGGAUUCUGUAGCUGCGCCAAUGGAACUGAUUACUCAUUCUGGAGUGCUAUGGCCUCAGAAGAAGAAGAAGAGGAAACAAGCCGAGAAUCACCAUCAAGCCUCAACGAAGCCAUGCUUGAACAGAUCAAGAAGAUGAUGAUUGAGGAGUUUGAUCGGAGAGAAAAGAUUAAAGAAGGAAAGCGGAAGCAACCUAAGGAUCCGGUCACAUCUAAGAAGAAGCCGAUUGAGGAUCUUAGUGGUUACAUGAUGAUUCCGCCAUUCCAUGGGAACAAUGAUCCGGAUGUAUAUCUGGAUUGGGAGAGGAAGUGCGAGAUUAUCUUCAACCGACAUAACAUAGCUGACAUCAACCGAGUCACAUUAGCAGCUAUGGAGUUCAAGUAUUAUGCUCUAAGUUGGUGGAAACAGGUUGAGACGGCACGAGCUUAUAGUGGAGCUUAUGAGAUCUCUACUUGGGGAGAAAUGAAAAGGGUUAUGAGGCAGCGGUUCGCUCCCAAUCAUUAUCAGCGUGAACCUCAUUCCAAGAUAAGGAAGCAUAGCAAGGAACUCGUUCGGUUGAGGAGUACUAUAGUAGCCAUGGGAAGACGAAACCCAAGCAGCCUGACAAGAUCACAAAGCCUUAUCCAAGACAUUUCUCUAAAGAAACCAGUCCUGAACCACAAGAAAGCAUUCAAAGCAAAGGUAAGCAUUCUGUUUCUCAACAAUUACAAGAAUUAA